GCAAGAUGGCUGGCGGCGGCCGGGCCCCGGCGUGAGCAGAGCGCGGGCUGCAGCCGCGAGAUGCCCCGACCCGGCAGCCGCUGAGCCCGACCCCACCGAGCCGGCCUGGCUGCCCCCGGCCCGCCGGCGACUCCAGAGCCAUGUCCCUGCUUUGCGUGGGAGUCAAAAAAGCCAAGUUCGAUGGUGCCCAAGAGAAAUUCAACACGUACGUGACCCUGAAGGUGCAGAAUGUGAAGAGCACGACGAUCGCCGUGCGCGGCAGCCAGCCCAGCUGGGAGCAGGACUUCAUGUUUGAGAUUAACCGACUGGACUUGGGACUGACGGUGGAGGUGUGGAACAAGGGUCUCAUCUGGGACACAAUGGUGGGUACUGUGUGGAUUCCACUACGUACCAUCCGGCAAUCCAAUGAGGAGGGCCCUGGAGAGUGGCUGACACUGGACUCCCAGGCCAUCAUGGCGGACAGUGAGAUCUGCGGCACCAAGGACCCCACCUUCCACCGCAUCCUGCUGGACACGCGCUUCGAACUGCCCCUGGACAUCCCGGAGGAGGAGGCGCGCUACUGGGCCAAGAAGCUGGAGCAGCUGAACGCCAUGCGGGACCAGGAUGAGUUCUCCUUCCAUGAUGAGCAGGACAAGCCGCUGCCCGUGCCCAGCAGCCAGUGCUGCAACUGGAAUUAUUUUGGCUGGGGUGAACAGAACGAUGACCCUGACAGUGCAGUGGAUGAUCGAGACAGUGACUACCGCAGUGAGACAAGCAACAGCAUCCCACCGCCCUAUUACACUACGUCACAGCCCAAUGCCUCAGUCCACCAGUAUUCCGUCCGUCCACCGCCUCUGGGGUCCCGGGAAUCUUAUAGCGACUCUAUGCACAGUUAUGAGGAAUUCUCGGAGGCGCGGGUGCUCAGCCCCACAGGAAGCAGCCGCUACGCCUCCUCCGGGGAGCUGAGCCAGGGCAGCUCGCAGCUGAGCGAGGACUUCGACCCGGAUGAGCAGAGCCUGCAGGGCUCAGAGCUGGAGGACGAGCGGGACCGGGACUCCUAUCACUCCUGCCACAGCUCCGUGAGCUAUCACAAAGACUCUCCGCGCUGGGACCAGGAUGAGGAGGAGCUGGACGAGGAGCUGGACGAGGAGCUGGAGGAGGAGCUGGAGGAGGACCUGGAGGAGGACCUGGAGGAUGAGGAGCUGCCCGAGGAGGAGGAGGAAGAAGAGGAGGCAGAAGAGGAGGAGGAGGUGCCCGAUGACCUGGGCAGCUAUGCCCAGCAAGAGCCAGCCAUUGCGGAGCCCAAAGACUUCAAGCGCAUCAGCCACCCGCCAGCUGCUGCCCAGGAGGAGGCCUUGCCCGCCGAGGUCCCCGACGUGCCCAAGGCGACCUCCAAGCCACCCACACCUGAAGAGUUGCCUGGAGCUGAGCGGGCGCCUGAGCCCGAGCCCCCCAAGGCUGAGGAGAGUUUCAGGCCACGGGAGGAUGAGGAAGGCCAGGAGGGUCAGGACUCCAUGUCCAGGGCCAAGGCCAACUGGCUGCGCGCCUUCAACAAGGUGCGGAUGCAGCUGCAGGAGGCCCGAGGGGAAGGAGAGAUGUCCAAAUCCCUGUGGUUCAAAGGCGGGCCUGGGGGUGGUCUCAUCAUCAUCGACAGUAUGCCAGACAUCCGCAAGAGAAAGCCUAUCCCGCUUGUGAGCGACCUGGCCAUGUCUCUGGUCCAGUCCAGAAAAGCUGGCAUCACCUCGGCCUUGGCCUCCAGCACAUUGAACAAUGAAGAGCUGAAAAACCACGUUUACAAGAAGACCCUGCAAGCCUUAAUCUACCCCAUCUCCUGCACAACGCCACACAACUUCGAAGUGUGGACGGCCACCACGCCCACCUACUGCUAUGAAUGCGAGGGGCUGCUGUGGGGCAUCGCGCGGCAGGGCAUGCGCUGCACUGAGUGCGGCGUCAAGUGCCACGAGAAGUGCCAGGACCUGCUCAACGCCGACUGCCUGCAGCGGGCUGCUGAGAAGAGCUCCAAGCACGGGGCGGAGGACAGGACACAGAACAUCAUCAUGGUGCUCAAAGACCGCAUGAAGAUCCGGGAGCGCAACAAGCCCGAGAUCUUCGAGCUCAUCCAGGAAAUCUUCGCUGUGACCAAGACCGCACACACGCAGCAGAUGAAGGCGGUCAAGCAGAGCGUGCUGGACGGCACGUCCAAGUGGUCGGCCAAAAUCAGCAUCACAGUGGUCUGUGCCCAGGGCUUGCAGGCAAAGGACAAGACAGGAUCCAGUGACCCUUACGUCACAGUCCAGGUUGGGAAGACGAAGAAACGGACAAAAACCAUCUAUGGGAACCUCAACCCCGUGUGGGAAGAGAAUUUUCACUUUGAAUGUCACAACUCCUCUGACCGCAUCAAGGUCCGCGUCUGGGAUGAGGACGAUGACAUCAAAUCCCGCGUGAAGCAGAGGUUCAAGAGGGAGUCUGAUGACUUUCUGGGGCAGACCAUCAUCGAGGUUCGGACACUCAGCGGCGAGAUGGACGUGUGGUACAAUCUGGACAAGAGAACCGACAAAUCGGCCGUGUCAGGCGCCAUCCGGCUGCACAUCAGCGUGGAGAUCAAAGGCGAGGAGAAGGUGGCCCCCUACCACGUCCAGUACACCUGUCUGCACGAGAACCUGUUCCACUUUGUGACGGACGUGCAGAACAAUGGGGUGGUGAAGAUCCCGGACGCCAAGGGGGACGACGCCUGGAAGGUCUACUAUGAUGAGACGGCGCAGGAGAUUGUGGACGAGUUCGCCAUGCGCUACGGCGUCGAGUCCAUCUACCAAGCCAUGACCCACUUUGCCUGCCUCUCCUCCAAGUACAUGUGCCCCGGGGUGCCCGCUGUCAUGAGUACCCUGCUCGCCAACAUCAAUGCCUACUAUGCGCACACCACCGCCUCCACCAACGUGUCUGCCUCGGAUCGCUUUGCCGCCUCCAACUUUGGGAAAGAGCGCUUUGUGAAACUGCUAGACCAGCUGCACAACUCCCUGAGGAUCGACCUCUCCAUGUACCGGAACAACUUCCCAGCCAGCAGCCCAGAGAGACUCCAGGACCUCAAAUCCACUGUGGACCUUCUCACCAGCAUCACCUUCUUCCGGAUGAAGGUUCAGGAACUCCAGAGCCCGCCCCGAGCCAGCCAGGUGGUGAAGGACUGCGUGAAGGCCUGCCUCAACUCCACCUACGAGUACAUCUUCAACAACUGUCACGAGCUGUACAGCCGAGAGUACCAGACAGACCCGGCCAAGAAGGGGGAGGUUCCCCCGGAGGAGCAGGGCCCCAGCAUCAAGAACCUGGACUUCUGGUCCAAGCUGAUCACCCUCAUUGUGUCCAUCAUCGAGGAGGACAAGAAUUCCUACACCCCCUGCCUCAACCAGUUCCCCCAAGAGCUGAAUGUGGGAAAAAUCAGUGCUGAAGUGAUGUGGAAUCUGUUUGCCCAAGACAUGAAGUACGCCAUGGAGGAGCAUGACAAGCAUCGCCUGUGCAAGAGCGCCGACUACAUGAACCUGCACUUCAAGGUCAAGUGGCUCUACAAUGAGUAUGUGGCAGAGCUUCCCGCCUUCAAGGACCGCGUGCCCGAGUACCCCGCGUGGUUUGAACCAUUCGUCAUUCAGUGGCUGGAUGAGAACGAGGAGGUGUCCCGCGAUUUCCUGCAUGGCGCCCUGGAGCGGGACAAGAAGGACGGGUUCCAGCAGACCUCGGAGCACGCCCUCUUCUCCUGCUCGGUGGUGGACGUCUUCUCCCAGCUCAACCAGAGCUUCGAGAUCAUCAAGAAGCUCGAGUGCCCGGACCCCCAGAUCGUGGGGCACUACAUGAGGCGCUUUGCCAAGACCAUCAGCAACGUGCUUCUCCAGUAUGCAGACAUCAUCUCCAAGGACUUCGCCUCCUACUGCUCCAAGGAGAAGGAGAAAGUGCCCUGCAUCCUCAUGAACAACACCCAGCAGCUGCGCGUCCAGCUGGAGAAGAUGUUCGAAGCCAUGGGAGGGAAGGAGCUGGACGCCGAGGCCAGCGACAUCCUGAAGGAACUGCAAGUGAGACUCAACAACGUCCUGGAUGAGCUCAGUCGGGUGUUCGCCACCAGCUUCCAGCCACACAUCGAGGAAUGCGUCAAACAGAUGGGGGACAUCCUUAGCCAGGUGAAGGGCACGGGCAACGUGCCGGCCAGCGCCUGCAGCAGUGUGGCCCAGGACGCCGACAACGUGCUCCAGCCCAUCAUGGACCUGCUGGACAGCAACCUGACCCUCUUUGCCAAAAUCUGUGAGAAGACGGUGCUGAAGCGGGUGCUGAAGGAGUUGUGGAAACUGGUUAUGAACACCAUGGAAAAGACCAUCGUCCUGCCGCCCCUCACUGACCAGACGAUGAUCGGCACCCUCUUGAGAAAACAUGGCAAGGGAUUAGAAAAGGGCAGGGUGAAACUGCCAAGCCACUCAGACGGAACCCAGAUGAUCUUCAAUGCAGCCAAGGAACUGGGCCAGCUGUCCAAACUCAAGGACCACAUGGUACGAGAAGAAGCCAAGAGCUUGACUCCGAAGCAGUGUGCAGUUGUGGAACUAGCCCUGGACACCAUCAAGCAAUACUUCCACGCGGGUGGAGUGGGUCUUAAAAAGACCUUCUUGGAGAAGAGUCCCGACCUGCAGUCUCUGCGCUAUGCCCUGUCCCUCUACACGCAAGCCACCGACCUGCUCAUCAAGACGUUCGUGCAAACGCAGGCUGCUCAAGUCCAUGGUGGAAAGGGGACUAGGUUUACCCUUAGUGAAGACAUUUAUCCUGAGAAGGGCUCUGGUGUAGAAGACCCCGUGGGUGAAGUCUCCGUCCACGUCGAGCUCUUCACUCAUCCAGGAACUGGGGAGCAAAAGGUCACAGUGAAAGUGGUGGCUGCUAAUGACCUCAAGUGGCAGACUUCUGGAAUAUUCCGGCCAUUCAUUGAGGUCAACAUCAUUGGACCCCAGCUCAGUGAUAAGAAACGCAAGUUUGCAACCAAAUCCAAGAACAACAGCUGGGCCCCCAAGUACAAUGAGAGUUUCCAGUUCACGCUGAGCGCUGACGCCGGCCCCGAGUGCUACGAGCUGCAGGUGUGCGUCAAGGACUACUGCUUCGCGCGUGAGGACCGCACGGUGGGGCUGGCUGUGCUGCAGCUGCGCGAGCUGGCCCAGCGCGGGAGUGCCGCCUGCUGGUUGCCGCUCGGCCGCCGCAUCCACAUGGACGACACCGGCCUCACGGUGCUGCGCAUCCUAUCGCAGCGCAGCAACGACGAGGUGGCCAAAGAGUUCGUCAAGCUCAAGUCGGACACGCGCUCUGCCGAGGAGGGCGGCGCGGCGCCUGCGCCUUAGUGUGGGGGCAGGUCGGCGGGCGGUGCUGCGCCUGCGCAGAGUGCGCGGGGCUGGCGGGGCUUGCGCGCUGGGACCGCCCAGAGGGCAAGUCUCCGGGCUCUGCGCAGUGGGCGGACUGCGCCUGCGCCCUAGACUUAACUUCUCCCUCUGGGGAACUGUGAGCGGACGAUGCCCCGCCCCCUCGGGAGGUCACGCCCUAGGGCGCGAGGAAGGAAGAAGCCACAUCCCCUACUUGAGGCCACGCCCCCGUCAUCUUAGGGGCCUUUCGAGCUGGGAUGGGAGGAAUACCCGCCCCUUUGGAGGAGGCCACAUCCCAGGGCUCUGGUACCGGGAGGCCUCGCCUUUUGUCCUCUGGAAAAGCCAUAAGACGGGUUCCAAAUCCUGGGGCCCAAGACCAAUUGCCAAGUAUGGAACUCUCAGCUUCCUCGAGGAGCGGGCCCUGGGCAAGGGGUAGGGCCUCCUGGAGUCCCCUGAGAUGGUCCGUGAGGGGCCAUAGGGACCAGGAUGCCUGUUGGAGGGUCCCGGGAAGACCGGUGCCCCUUUCGAUGUUUGUGCAAAAAAUAAGUGGGGGUAAGGGGAGAAUGGGAUUUCAAAAGCACAUGCGCCUGUGGGCGCCCAAACCCAGGGGGCCGAGGGGGACGGCUCUGGGGCAUCUGCACUUCCCCACUACCCUGUGGGGGUUUGUCUCCCUUUCACCCAACAAACCCAGUCCUCAUCUCAUAGAGUUCAAUGCAUCCAUUUUACAAAUGGCAAAACUGAGGCCCAGAGAGCUGCUUGAGACUUGGCCCAGGUUCCCAGUGCCAUGCCCCCUCCCAGUCCCUUAGACCUGUGUGCCCCGUGGAAGGGGGCUGAGAUCGGAUGACCGACAUAGCUCCCCAUUGCUGCUAACUCCCCCUCAGGGGACCUCCCCCCGUUCUUACAAGUUGUGGGGGUUCUGGGCCAAAACCCCUGUUGCACCUCCCUCCUUUUGGCUGCCAAGCAAGACCCCUGUCCUCAACCCUUUUUCCUGGGCCUCUGGUGGGGAUUCCCACUCCCCACCAAAAAGGAGUGAGAAUUUGGGAUCCCUCGGACCCACGAUCCCUCACCCUCAUCCCUUCUUCCUUUCCUCAAAUUCUCCAGACAGGAAAGAACAGAAAGAGACCAGAAACUAGGUGUGUGUGUGUGUGUGUGUGUGUGUGAGAGAGAGAGAGAGAGAGAGAGAGAGAGAGAGAGAGAGAGAGAGAGAGAGAGAAUGCACAAACAUGCUUAGAGCUUGGUCUCCAGAAUCUCAUUCAUUCAUUCAGAACCCCGGGCCGCAGGAGCCUGGUGCCCAGUGGAGCCUCUGCUUGCCUGAAGCUGCGCCAGAGCCAGCACAGUUGGGGGAACUUGGCUCAUCCAAGUGGGACCUUUCGGGAAAGUUUGGCAUGGACUGUGUGCCCCAGGCGCAGAGGGGAAGGGCAGGCUUGAGGUGGGUAAGGACUCCUGGAGGAGGGGAGCUCGGAAGGCCAGGGGAUCUUCUGAGAUGAAAGACGAAGAUCCACCCUCGAGAACGAAAGCCACCUGUGCAGAAGCCAGGAGGAGGCGUUGGGGGCACAGCGAGAAGGUGGUAUGGCUGAAGCCAAGCCACCAAGGAGGGCAGUAGGGGGCACUGGGGUCCCUGAGAGCUGCAGAACUGUCAGGCCCCAGAGGUUUAUCCCCAGAGACUAGAGUCCAGGUUCCCAGUGCUUCUGUGUGAGACUAGAUCGAUGAGGGGGUACUUUGGGGACAUUGAAAUCGAUUUCUGGAAAUAUUUUGGAGGCUACAUUAAAAAGAAGAGAGACUGCCUUUGGGUGAGCCCAAGGGCCACUCGGUGGUGCCCUGCCAGCUGUGCACUGCCCCAGGGUUUGCUGCCCCUAAUCUGUCCCUGUACCAAUCCUAGAUGUUGAGUGUCGUGUGUUUACAAGAAGGGCCUCCUGACCAUGAAUGGAAGCAUCUGGAAGAAGUGAUGCUAUUUUUCAGUUUGCUUGAAUGUGCUUUGUGUCCCCUAAAUUCAGGCAAGGUUCAGGUGACAAGCAUUUCUGUACUGGGAUGUGGAAGGCACAGGACUGGGGGCUCCAUCCUGGAGCUUGGAGACCCCAUUGCAUGACUGAGGGGCUGAUUGGAAGCCAGGGGUGCGCUUGGGGUGCAGCACCAGGCAGGAUGGACAGGGGACUCGGAGGUCAGAACACAGAAAUGCCCAAGGGCAGGCGAUCUGCGACCUCGAACAGAGGAAAGACUUUUGGACGACCGAGAGGAAAAAUGGCAAAAGACUCUGGUCAAGUUCUCGUGUGUGUGUGUGUGUGUGUGUGUGUGUGUGUGUGUGUGUCCGUGUGUGUCCCCCCAGCACUGGCCUAGGCCCAGGCCCGUGGAGAGCCUCGGGAGGCAGUGUUGAAUGAGUUUUUGUGACUCCCGAGCUGGAACUGAUUUUGGAGUUUCCUCCCCCUUUCCUUGACUCAGAGAACUCCUAUGCAUCCUUCAAAACUCAUGAUUAAAAUACUGUAGAAAACCCUCCCUCCGUCCCCUCAGGACAUCCCAGCUUCUGUCCCUUCUCCAGUCUAACUCUGAUGUCUUGACACUGGUGGUGUCUGUGGCUGGCUGUUCCUCCUGGCCUGGGAGCUGAGGCCUCUCAGGAGCCCCACCCUGACCCAGCAUGAGCUGGGCACCGGGGACUGGCAGGGAGGCUGCGCCCAGUUGACUGACGUGCUGGAGUGGGAGAGGGGCCUGCAAGUGCAGGGCCAUCCCCGUGCCAGGUCCUGCCAGCUUUUCCCUCCCCACAGUCCUGGACUUGCAGGAGGUGUUCCGGACAGACUGAAGCUGAGCCCCAGGGCACAGUGGGGUGAUAAGGUACAAGCAGACGGAAGAGUACUGGGGACUGGAAGCCUUCUGAAUUCAGGAAAUUCCUGUAUUGAUACAAGGCCCAGAGAGGGACAGGACUUCCCCCAAAGCCACCCAGCAAGUAGACACAGGGCAGCUCUGAAUAACACCUCUGGAUUUCCGCCUUCAUCUGGGGUUCCAGGAGGUGGCCCAAAAUUCCCAUGGACCAGGGGGAAAAAAAUAAAGGAGAGUGUCCUUAGGCAGGGUGGGGUAGACCUUAAGGGUUGCCUGGGACAGAGCCAAAGCCCCGCCCGGAAAAGGGAUAGAGACUGAGGUUAUAGACCCGGAGCGGGACUCAGCCCCAAAGAGGAGAUGGAGGGACAGAGACAACUUGUGCAAAAGAGGGGGUCAGGAGGAAGAGGGACCUCCCCUUCUGCUCUCCCCAAUCCUGAAGGACUUAGAUAAAUUAGGAGGUGCCCGCCUGCACCCCCAGUUCCUCGCUCAGGCCCCCAGCCUGCAGCCUCAUCGUGCCCCUCCCCCAUCAGAGAUGCAAAAAACUUAACACCCAACUAGAAAUCCUUGGGACCUCCGAGACCCACCGCUCUCGCCUGCGCUGCCCAUUUUCAGAUGGGGACACCGAGGGCCGGCGGAGCGAGGGCAGCCGGGAGCCUCCGGGACCGUGCUGCCCAGGUGGGGCAGGAGGGGCGGCAGGUGAGGGGGGGCGGGGCUCGGCCCGGACCUCCAUCAGGACCUCGGUCGCGUCUCUCCCUGAACGGACAUCCUUUCCUAAGAAUCGUUAAGGACCAAAGUCGUCUUCGCUGACACGUGUUGCUUUUCUCUUUGCCUUUUAUUCUUUUAAAGAGAGAAAUGGAGUUGACGCUGUCAAUUGAGACCCCUCCCCGGCCUCCCACCCCCGCCCAGCCGCGGUGGCUUUCUGAAGUCACAGGUCACGGGCGGGGGCUCCCCGUGCUCCCUGGUCACGCAGCCAGGGGGCCUCGGGUCCCACCCUUGCCCCAGACCCUGUCUGGCCCGCGCCCACCCCUGCCACGCAGUCCAGGGACGCCCCUCCACUCGCCUUCUCUUAGCAUGUGAUUGCAGACGUGAAAAUCAAAACGUUUGUUUUGUUCUGUUUUGUUUUGUUUUUUUCUUUUCUUUUUUAACUCCACCCUGUUGGUCUGGCGUCUUCACGGAUGCCCUCAUUUCUCUGUAAAUAUGUGACUUGGAACAUGUUUAAAACAAACGAGAAGUGGUCAUGAACGCAUGGUGUCAAGAUGUUUUGCACUAAUCUGAUUUUUUGGUCUCUGUAAAAAUAUUUUAUUAACAGCAGACAUUAAAAAAAAGUACACAGCCUCGGA